UCUUCUUCUUUCUUAUCUGCGCCUCUCUUUCUUCAUCUUCUUCGGUUUCAGAGCUCCAUGGGGAACUGUCAGGCCAUUGAUGCUGCUGCUCUGGUGAUACAGCACCCGAGUGGGAAGAUAGAGAGGCUGUACUGGCCUAUAAGCGCCAGCGAGGUCAUGAGGUUGAACCCUGGUCAUUACGUUUCUCUGAUUAUCCCAUUGCCGGCUUCGGCUUCGGAUUCGGGUUCUGAUCAUCAUCACCAGGAGGAGGAGAUUCAGGAGCAGAAGAGUAGUGCUGGUGGUGCGGUGCGUUUCACAAGGGUGAAGCUUCUUCGACCUAAUGAGACUCUUGCUCUUGGUCAUGCCUAUCGUCUGGUCACUACUCAAGAGGUUAUGAAGGUGUUGAGGGCAAAGAAGUAUGCGAAGACGAAGAAGCAGCAGGUGGAAUCACUAAUUGAGAGAUCAUCAGAGACGGCAGUGCCCGAGAAACAGAGUUCGAGUUGUGAGGCAGAGGACAAGGAAAAUAUCAACCAUGCUACAAAUCAUGAAAGGCGCCGACCCAGGACGGCAUCAGGGAAUGCUGCUGGUGCUGCAAUGAGGUCGAAAUCUUGGCGGCCCUCGUUGCAGAGCAUUUCUGAAGCUGCAAGCUGAAGAUCAAAGUGAUGCAAAACUCGAAUAUGGAAAAUACAGAGCAGCUGAUGAGAGAUUACUCCUGGAGUGUGGAAUAUUAGAUUCACCCAAAGUUCAUGGAUUUGGGUACCAAAGCUUUCUAAUCCAAUGUCAACCACAGACCAUAAACCAUUCAACCCAUGUUCCAAAGCAAUAAGAAAAUUUGUAUAGAGCAACACACACAAAUCACCGAAUCUGAUAUUGUAUUAGAAGUGAAGUUUCCGUGAUAGA